CCAAUCUUGAGCUCAGUCCUUCGCAGAAGAUUUAUUUGAAUUGAAAAGAUUAUCUCAGAGUAGACAGUAUGGCAGACGACCAGUCGUCCAGAAGACCCGUGGUGUUCUUCGACAUCACGCUCGGAGGCGAACCCCUCGGCCGCAUCAAGAUCGAGCUCCUCAGCGACAUCGUCCCCAAAACUGCUGAGAACUUCCGCCAAUACUGUGUCGGCCAACCGAAAGACUCCAGCGGCAAGCCGCAGGGCUACAAGGGGUGCAAGUUCCAUCGCGUGAUCAAGAACUUUAUGAUCCAGGGUGGGGAUUUCUUGAAUGGGAAUGGGACGGGGUCGACGUGUAUCUACGGGGGAAGGAGUUUUGCGGAUGAGAACUUCAAUGUUAAGCAUACGGAGCCAGGGCUGUUGAGUAUGGCGAACGCGGGCAAGGACACCAAUGGCUGCCAAUUCUUCAUCACCACGGCAGCGACGCCGUUCCUGGAUGGCAAGCACGUCGUGUUUGGGCGGGUGGUGGACGGGAUGGAUGUGGUGAUGAAGAUCGAGCACUGUCGGACGACGGGGGAGGAUCGGCCGGUGCAGGAUGUGGCGAUCAGUCAGUGUGGGGAGAUGUGAGAGAAAGGGGGUUUAUGCGGAAAAAUGCUUCGUGGAACGGUUUGAUCGUGCUGGAUUGCGCGUCGUUGGUCGGGGAGAACCAGUUGUGAAGGGGAGUUUUAAGUACGGCUCAAUCCGCGCAUAUUAUAACUAGGGGAUAUGGUUAUUACACUGAUACCCUCCAUAGGAAGGAAUUCAUGGAUCCAUGCCAUGGUGGUGGUAAGACGAUUUGAAGGACCAUAUGCACCUUUCCCUACUAUAUAAAGCAACAUGCAAAUACCCACCAGCAUCCAGCCAAAUUCCUUGACUAAAAUU